AUUUUGUCAGUGGAGUUUUUUUGUUGUUGUUCAUAUUUUAUUUUCCUUUACAGGAGAGAAAGGUAACACCUUCCUGAGAGGGGAAAGCUCGUGAAAGUCUGUAACUUUCUAAAGACUGAAGAAUUCCAGGCUCUCCUGAUUCCACCCCCUCUGGACUUCCUUAUCCUGUUCGUGGGAAACCCAGAUGACUUGCUUCCCUUACUGCUGGGUCAGAGGCGUCUCUGGAGCCUGGGUAACUGGCUUUAGGAAGCAGGAAGAACUUGCUGGAGCCUCUCACACCAGUGGCUGCUGACAUAGAAGAUUCUGGGGAAAAAAACCCUCUUCGAGGGGCCCUGGCUAUGCCUGAGGAAUUUCCAAGAUAACCAAGAUACCAGCCACCAAGAAGAUGCAGUGUGCCCCCAACUCGGGGGCCCCCAGGCACGUUCAGGUCUCAGAACGUCUAACACAGGUGCCAAACAAGCCAAUGAGGAGCAUCAGAUAUAUGGACAAGGAAAUACCAAACCUCAAAAAAGACCUUGCACGAAGCCGCAUGUUGCUUCGCUCGGUGAAGGCAGGCCGCGGGUACUUGGACAUGCUGCGAGAGGAGAGAGCCUUGAAAGAGAAGCAAGAGCAACUUCAGAAACUCAAAGAGGAAGAAAGACAUAAAUUCCAGCCAGCCGAAAAGACAUCAGAAAUCCAUGAUGGCAAAACCACAUACGAUGACGAGAAGGUUAAGAAGAUGGGCUCUGGAUUAAUUCACCAGAUCGCCCCCAUGCACAACUCCAUCAUCUCGCCCUCGCUACCUGAGGCUCACGUGGAGCCCCUCUUCUGCCAGCUCUGUGCCCUCCACUGGCUUCUGGAGGCCCUGACUAUUGACCACACCCACCACACCAUGAAUCCCGUGAUCACCUGCUGGAAUCCAAAGGACCCGGGUGGAAGCAAGAGCACAAUAAAAAAAAUCAAUAAGGACAAGCUUGUGCAACAGAGGUGGGAGCAGUUCGUCAAUGCGCCGAAGACCAAGAAAUCCAAAAUUCCUGUACUCCGGGUCAGCCAUAAACCAAGCCGGCGAGGCUUCACACUCGGUCCGUCCCGGACCAGUGGGGGAUCGUCCCAGCAGAGCAGCAUGGUCUCCACGAACCCCGGCUCGGAUGAGCCCGCGGGUGUGAUCACCCAGGGGACAGGCAGCAAGAAAACUGAGGACAAUGAAUCACCUCUGACCAAGCCUGACGAAGAGCCUCUCCACAUCAAUUUGCAGAAGCUGCUGGAGAUGGUUCGGGAAGAUGCCCGAAGGACAGUCAUGAUGGAAAAUGGGAUGCAAAGAAAAGCACCCAGUAUCUUGCCAAUGCUCAGACAAACCAAGAGAGAUUCUGCCUGUAAAGACACGCAGACCACCCGCAAGUCAAGUGACAGAUUCAUCAGUACAAACGGAGAGAGCCACACCCAAGUCAUCCAGAAGAAGUCUAAAAGCCGCACGAACCGUGACAUCAUCCAUUCCAAGACUGAUGUGUGCAGCUCCAUGAGGGCCAAGUUUUACAGCGUGGCCCAGGAGGCCGGCUUCUGUCUUCAAGACAAGUUGGAAAUCUUCAGGAAGCGCCAAGAAGAGAGAGCCCACCGAAUGCUCCAAUCUUUUGUCAUUACCUCCAAUUUUAAAAAGGAUAUAGCAAAAAUGAGGCAUGAAGCGACCAUGGUAAAAGGCGAUGCAGAAGAAAUUGCCAACCACUGGUACUUUCAACUGCUGUCCAAACUCCCCGAGGACCUGAAGAACUUCCGCCCCGCCCAAAAGGUCCUGGCGAAACUGCAGAAGUUUGGGGAAAACCUGGACCUCAGGAUCCGGCCCCAUGUCCUCCUGAAAGUGCUACAGGACUUGAGGACCUGGGAGCUGUGCUGUCCGGACAUCGCUGUGGCUAUCGAGAUCAGGAAGGACCUGGACCGAAAGCUAUGA